AGGGCUGCACACUGCACAGUAAAGGAAGAAAAAGAAGCUCCAUAAACUGGACAACUUGAUACACACACAUACGCACACACACACUCAUCGAAAAAAAGGGAAAAGCUUGCUGGGGAAACUAAACAUUAACAAAGAAAGUGACAACAGCAAAGAAAUUAAGAAGCAUUUAACCCGUCAAAGAACUUGAAACAAUUCUGCAUUUGAGGAUUGAUAGCCUAUAGAACAAAGACCUGAAGAUGUCUGUGCUAGACACCAGGACAUCAGAAAAUAAGAAAGUUGCCAACAAGAUGAUUUUUGACUUUCAACAAAAUGCACCAUCAGACAAUGACUCUGGCUGUGCCUUGGAAGAGUAUGCAUGGGUUCCCCCUGGACUCAAACCCGAGCAGGUGCAUCAGUACUUUCGCUGUUUACCUGAAGAAAACAUUCCAUAUGUCAACAGCAUUGGAGAGAAAUUCCGUAUCAAACAGCUGUUGGAACAGCUCCCACCCCAUGAUAAUGAUGAGAAAUACUGCCAAUCGCUGAGUGAAGAGGAGAAGAGGGAGUUGCGUGUCUUCAGUGGUCAGAGGAAGAGGGAAGCACUGGGACGUGGAAUUGUUCAGGUGUUUCCUUUAACUGCCACUGGAGCACUCUGUGAAAAGUGUGGGGGGAAGAUAAACGGAGGGGAUGUUGCUGUCUUUGCUCAGAGAGCUGGGAACCGCACCUGCUGGCACCCGUACUGCUUCGGAUGCAUCACCUGUCAGGAGCUGCUGGUGGACCUCAUUUACUUUUACCAGGAUGGGAAGAUAUACUGCGGCCGGCACCAUGCCGACCUCUUUAAACCACGCUGUGCAUCAUGUGACCAAUUGAUCUUUGCUGAAGAGUGCACUGAGGCAGAAGGCAGAUAUUGGCAUAUGGACCACUUCAGCUGUACUGAAUGUGAAGUAAUUCUCGGAGGACAGAAAUACAUCAUGAAGGAAGGGCAACCAUAUUGCUGUGGCUGUUUUGAGACACUUUACGCAGAAUACUGUGAAACCUGCAGAGAGAUAAUUAGUAUUGACUAUGGGCAAAUAACAUUCAGUGGGCAACACUGGCAUGCAACCAACUCUUGCUUUUCAUGUACUCAAUGCAAGAAGCCCCUCUUAGGCUGCAGUUUCACCUCCCGGCACGGGCAAGUCUUCUGCUCUAUCAUGUGCAGCCAGUUGGAAGAACCUACAGGAUCAGAUUCCUCAGACUCUGCUUUCCAAUCAACACAGUCCCAAGAAUCGAGUUGUAUUUUCAGUCUUGGAGAAGACCCUGUAGCCAACAACGCUUCACCCCUGCAGAAUCGGCACUGCAACCAAACCGCUGAAACACUGCCAGGGGACAACGUAGACUGCAUCCUUCAACGUGUCAAUGUUCUCAGUAUCAAAGACCGAGCGACAGACAGCAAGGAUCAUCCUAUAUCCGAGUUCAAGAAGCAAUGCAAGAGUACCAUUAAACUUCCACACUGGCAGGGAGAGGUGUUGGAAACAGACACGGAGCCUCAAAACGAGGUAAAGAUGCCAGAGGUGUGGGCAUCAGAGAAUGACAAUCUCACAAAUGGCAAAGGCUGUAAGGUAGAAAUUUUGACCUACAGCCAAGAACCAAGCAAACGAAGUGAUCAUUCUGCUCCGUUAUGUAAUUUUAAUUGGCUAAAGGGUGGACUUGAAAAUGCCAUGAAAGUCAUUGACAACACAUCUCUAACUAGUAAUGGGCAUGAGAUUCGGCCUAUGGAGGACCAAAGGAUGAAGAAAACAGUGGCUACAGAGACUUUGGUUCUUGAUCAAAGCUUGGCUUUCAAACAUAGACUGGACAUAUGCUGCAUUGACCAGGAAGAACAACCAGGGGAUGUAUUGGACAGUCCCACCAAAUCCUCUUGGAACAAACAAAAUCAAUGGCUGGGUACUCAAGUUGGUUCAGACUACCCUGCUCAGGAUCAGCAAGCAUCAUCUCAGGGAGAUCAGGUGACAGAAGAGAGAACUGGAAGAAGCCGACAAGAUUCCUUGGCAAUGAUUCAGGCUGCAGGGGCUUCCAAUGAAGACAAUUACAAGUGGCAAAAACCACUCAGGCCUAACCAAGAAUACAACGAGGCAGAAAAGGAAUUUGAAAUGCAGAGCAACUUUGGAAUUCUUAAAUCUUUCCCUCAUAAAAGAAGCAGUGACUCCCUCCAUUCUUUGAACUGCCAGCAACCAGAGGGCAUGGUACAAAAGUCAAAGUGGAAGCAAGAGUCCGUGUCUCCAGUGAGGAGAACUGCAGCCCAAAUCAGACCCCAGCAAAUCACAUUUUGUGAUACCGCAUUUCUGAAGCCCAAGGCAAGGUCCAGGUGUCACCAGACACCCAUGAGUGAACAAACACGAAGGAAGGUUUACAGGCAUAAAGGCAACUACCGGAGCCACCAUCAUCACUCCAGAAGAGUUCAGAGAUCGUGUUCAGAUGAGGCUCUUCACACGAUCACCGAGAGAUCCCUGGAGAGUGUGAAUAACAAUACUUUCUUGGAGCAUUACAACCAGCUCGUGCAGACAGCCAUAUGCCAGAAGCCCCAAGUUAAGAUUUCUCAAAACCAACAGGCUUUUUAUAGGGAAGGAGAUAAUGGUAUUCAGAACAUCGCCUUGAAUAACUUCCUUAGCUUGUGCUGUGAAGAUGAUGAUGGCUGCUGCUCCACGUGCUCCUCCUCUUCCUCCGAUUCUGAAGAGGAGGGCUAUUUUCUUGGACAGCCAAUCCCACAGCCCAAAACAAGCAAUGGUUGCCAUUUGCGGCAGGAGCCUUGUCAAUCAAAUCUUGUGCCUGACAUCAGGCUGGCACAGAGUGCCAAGUCGCAGAGAAAGAGAGAGCACAAGAACAAAAACUGCACUGUUUCAUAGGCAACCUCUUCAAAGUCAUCCCAAACGAGUCUGUGUAUUUAAACCCACACUGAAUUAGACAUUCCAAAAUGGAAGGUGGAUUUGAAGAGAUUGUUUCUCCUGGUGACUUAAGGACGCUUUGUUUUGAUGGCAAUUUCUCCCUACCCCGCCCCUGUGUAUACUGGGUACAAUUCCAUUGCUGGACUAGAUUCCCAUUGCCAAUAGGGAACCAUGCUCAACCGGUCAGUGUGUAAGUCUGGACAAUAACUUUAGCAUACUGUUCUGAUCAUGAGAUCAUGACAGUGAACAUACACACUUACAGAGUGCAGCAUUAAACACAGGAGAUAGAAACAGAAUGUUGGCUGGUGGACUGCACCUUGGUCCUGCACAGACAGCAAUAAUGAUACUAUUGGUCUACCAUCCAAACCGGAAACAGCUAAAUCAGUGCAGGAGGAAUUGAAUCUGGGACUCCCUGCUCUGGACACUAAUUUUAAUCCGAUCAUUGAUUCUUCAAUCCCAUUAAUCAACUCUUUGACUUAAUUCCAAAAUCAUUUUCCAUCAUCUUUAGAAGGCAGUAUUCUCCAUCUACAUCCGUUAAGGCCACGUUGCCUAUAUAAUCAGCCUUACUGUUACUCUUUGGACAAGGAUACCAGGUUCAUCUUAGAUUAGAUUCCCUACAGUGUGGAAACAGGCCUUCAGCCCAACCAGUCCACACCGACCCUCUGAAGAGUAACCCACCCAGGCUCAUUUCCUUCUGACUAAUGGACCUAACACUAUGGGCAAUUUAGCGUGGCCGAUUCACCUGACCUGCACAUCUUUGGACUGUGGGAGGAAACCCACAGGGGAGAAUGUGCAAGUUCCACUCAGACAGUCGCCCAAGGCUGGAAUCAAACCUGGGACCCUGGUACUGUGAGGCAGCAGUGCUAACCACUGACCCACCGUGCCAUCAUUUGUUAAUUUGUGGGGGCCCGCAACAGUCCAACAGCUUGCUAACAUUGCCGCCAAGGUGAUGUACCAGGGUAUUAAUGUAUUAGUUGAAGCAAAACUCUGCAGAUGCUGGAAAUCUGAAGUACCAAGAAACAAAUGAGGAAAGAGGAUAAAGUUCAAAUUUCACAUCAGGUCAAACUCUCUCUGUGGAUGCUGAGUGUCUCCAGGAGUUUCUGUUCAUUGAUCCUGAUUUUAUCCAAAUGACACCUUUCUUCAGGUAAACAGUCAUUCCAGAAGCUGCACCAUUUAAAACAAACAAAACUGUUUCAAAUCUGUGAGCCCAACUCCGCAGUGAGCAUGGGAGACCUGCUCCUUUAAUAUCAUCCAAGGAGUGGCUGUAAAUAUGUACAGCCUCUGAACCAUGUGCUCAUAUCAUAACAAACCAUCACUAUUGGAUCUGCAUCCACCCUAAAGAUGACAGUGCUGAAAACUCUGUAAAUAAAAGUAUCAUACUUUACAGAUUUACUUAUAAAAAUCAUUUUAUAUUCACAUGUUCUAAACAGCAUAUGCAUAUUUAAUUACUAUGGAUGUUAUUUAUGCUCAU